AUCACUUCAGCGGAACAUUAAGAUUUUCUGAAGAUAGUUUACAUUGGAAUAUCUAUCAUUAUCAACGCGUGGUAUUCGAAAUGUUUAUUUAAUGUUUCUAAAUAGAAUCUUCACUUUACGAGAGACGCGCGAAGGUAGCAUACGGUGAUCAGCCAGUUAUCUUUUUUUUACGCCCCUCGGCUGUUCCACGUCGCCUACAUGCUUCAGAGACAACAAACGUAGCGUACAGAUAGAAGGGGCGACAUGACUUUGACCAGAGGCUCCUUCACCUAUGCCACUGGAGAAGAGUACCAUGGCGAGUGGAAAGAAGGUCGGAGGCAUGGUGUCGGCCAGCUCAAGUUCCAGGAUGGAACGCGUUUUUCGGGACAGUUUGAGGAUGGUCUCUUCCACGGCGCCGGAGUCCUACUCUUUACGGAUGGAUCCAGGUACGAGGGGGAGUUUGCGCAUGGAAAGUUUCAGGGCCUGGGCAUCUUUAGUCGUUUCGAUGGCAUGAAGUUCGAGGGAGAAUUCAAAGACGGACGCGUGGAGGGAUACGGACUGUUGACGUUCCCGCAUGGAACGCAUGGCAUUCCACGGAACGAGGGCUUGUUCCAAAACCACAAACUCCAAAGGCGAGAAAAGUGUCCGACUGUGGUGCAGAGGGCGCAGGCGUCGGCCACCAACGCUCGCAGUAUCGCUCUUUGACUCUCACUAACUUUGACAUCCAUGUCAUGGUCUUUGCUUGUUCGAGGAGUGCCUCAGGGAGGUAUACUCCUCCCCCUCAUGCUCCUUGUCCUCGUGACUUCUUUUGAAACAAUGGAUUUAUGAAACACAUGAAACCAAACCUUUAACAUCAAGAUUUUUUUCUACAGGAAGCACUCAUUAAUAGUGUCUUAGCAGGCUAAUGGUGAGCAAACCAACAUCAAAACGCUAAGAAAGAGAACACAUAAGGCUUAUUUCACACAUUUGACCUACGACACCUGCAAUAUGAAGGACUAUUUUGACCACGUUGAAACAAACUACCCAGAUGAUAAAAUGAUAGGUAUUAAGGUACAAAGUUUUAAUAUUACUUAAAUAAAAGUUGCCAUUUUAUGAUAGUAAGAAAACAUAAUUUAUGAGAAUGAAGUCCUCAUUUUAUGAGAAUUAACCUUUAGUUUUAUAUGAAUAAAUAUCCUUUUUUUAAUUAGACUAAAGUUCAAUGCAUUAAAAAAAACUUUCAUUUUUCAUUGUUAAAUGCAUAAUAUAUUAAGGUCAUAAAACAACGAGGAAGACAGUCAUUUAUGUUCAAGUCAAGUGUGGGAUACAUCCUAGGAUGCUCUGGGACAUUCAUUGCGGGUUUGGGGUCUUCCAAAAUCAUACCCGCUCCCUCAGGUGACCCAGCCAGGGUCGAUCAGACCCCGGCUUGUAUCCCAGUAGCAUUGACCCACAUCGCUUCUCCUGAUCCAGAAACAUCUAGACGCUCUCUCUCUGCUGUCUCCAUAGUGGCCUUGAUUGAUCUAAAUUAGACGUGUGAAUUUUUGGGCAGGCUGUUGAUUGAGGAUGACAUGACAUAAUAAUAAAGUCGUAAUGUUAUGAAAAUAAUGUAACAUUAUUCUGAUCAUAUGAGAUGCUGUACAUGACAAAAGUUCUGUAUUUUAGCUGAAAAAAGAUCAAAUGUAAUAUUAUCGGGAAUCAUUGCCAUUUCACCAGAAAAAAAAUCAUAAGAUCUUCAAAAUCUUACACCCAGGGGGAAAAAAAUUAAGGGAAUUAAAAAAAAAAAGUUUGAUUAUUGUUUUUUUUAGGUUAAUUAUAUUUCACAAUUUUACAUCAAAAAUUCCUAAAUAAUGCAGAAAGGAACGCGAUACCUAAUUUGGUUGCUAUAUUAUGAGCAUUAACCUCUGUUAAGAUGAGGAAAUGAUCUUGAUAAGGGACAAUUUGACCUUUUAUUAAAACUCA